AUGAAGAAAAUUGAUACAAAUAAUAGCAGAUCUGAUAAGUUUAAUGUACAGUGUAAGCGCAUAGUUAAAAGAUUUUUUACUAAAGCUUCAGCGACUUUUACGAAUGGUCACAUCUCGCCAAAAUCAAGGAGGUUCCUAUUCCUUACAGAAAUUUUUAAGGUUACUGUAUUAUUAUGGAUAAUCUACUACUUCAGCAGUUCGGUUGCCACUGUUGAAAUAUGGAGUACCAAGGAAAAUCACAACAGUGAUUGGCCAAUUUUGAAGCCCAAUAGUAGAUUGCUAAGUAAAGAAGAAAUUGAAAUUAAGGAAAAUCAUGGAUACUCAAGAAAAAAUAUUUCCGAUUUGUUGGAGUUAGACGAAGAGACCAUUGAAGAACAAUAUAAAUCAUUGUUAUCGGAAGGUUUUAACAAGAAUAGCCUUAAAUGGAAAAUAUUUGGGAAGUACACACCCCAAGUAAGAAAAUUUGCUUACGAAAUAAAUAAAAAGAUUGAUUUAGAAUUAAUGCGUGCCUUAAAAUCAGAUUGUUAUUAUGAAGGAGAUAAUUUGGAUUCUGUAAGAGGAUCCAAAAUUAAGCGGUUGAAAUCGUUCUUGUGUAAGCAUAAAAUAUUUGCUCCUCACGUCGUUAUUUUUUUGGGAGCAAUUUUGGCUGCAUCCUUCAAAGAACCCAUUUCUGCUGUUUUGUUAGUCAUUUUACUGUUCAUAUUAAUAGUAAUUUUCUUCAAGAAAAUACGGAAAUGGAUCUACAUUAUGGAGAUGCACAGAAAAUCAAGGAAUAUGUAUCUUGGUUUUAUGGACUAUUAG